AAGUUGAUUCUUGACUAUGCCAAAUGCUUGAUGCUAGACGUAAGCACUAUACCAUAUCUAGAAGCCAAUGACCAAAACUGUGUUGACAGCAUAGUCACCUCUUCUUGGAGGCUGUUUAAAUUCCACUGAAAGAUUGUCGAUUAUAAUCUGUUGCAAUUUAAAUAAUGGAAAGAUAUAAAAUUUUGGAGGAGCUUGGUGAUGGCACUUGUGGUAGUGUAUAUAAGGCUCGUGAUUGGAGAACAAAUGAGAUUGUUGCAGUCAAAAAGAUGAAGAGGAAGUUCUUUUUCUGGGAGGAAUACUGGAGAUUACGAGAGAUUAAGGUACUCCGUAAAUUAAAUCACCCCAAUAUCAUAAAGUUGAAGGAGGUUGUCAGGGAAAACAAUGAGGUGUUCCUCAUUUUUGAGUACAUGAACUAUAAUCUAUACCAAAUAAUGAAAGAACAAAGAAGACCCUUUUCAGAGGAUGAGAUUCGUAGCUUUAUGUCUCAAUUGCUGCAUGGACUUAAUCACCUCCAUAGAAGUGGAUAUUUUCACCGAGAUCUAAAACCGGAGAAUUUGCUGGUGACAAAUGAUGUUCUUAAAAUUGCCGACUUCGGAUUGGCUAGAGAAGUAUCAUCGGUUCCUCCUUAUACCGAAUAUGUUUCCACACGUUGGUAUCGAGCACCAGAAGUCCUGUUACAGUCCAAAUUAUACACUCCUGCAGUUGACAUGUGGGCAGCUGGCGCAAUCCUAGCUGAGCUUUUCAAUUUGUCCCCUAUUUUCCCUGGUGAAAGUGAGAUAGACCAAUUGUUCAAGAUAUGCUGUGUGCUUGGUACUCCAGACUUGACUAUCUUCGCUGAAGGGACAAAUGCCUCUCGAUUAUAUGGCAUUAUUAAUUAUGAAAAGAUCUUGCCUGCAAACCUCUCUGAUAUCAUUCCAAACGCAAGCCCAGAAGCUAUUGAUUUGAUCCAACAACUAUGUUCAUGGGAUCCAUCAAGGAGGCCAGCUGCAGAUGAAUCAUUACAACAUCCCUUUUUCCAUGUUGGCUGGGUUCCUCAUUCACUCCGUGAUCCACUUGACCUGAAGCUAAGUAUCAUGGGAGCAAAGCCAACGCUUGAGUUGAAAUUAUCAGACUUUGGUGCUGAACCUGAGGACUGCUUUCUUGGCUUGACGCUGGCUGUGAAGCCCAGUGUUCCAGAAUUUGAUGUGGUUCAUGAUGUAUCGCAGCAUAUAAAAGAGGAUUCUUUAUUUUGCUCUGGUUUGGAAGAUCAUACAGGACGAUCUGUUUUUUGGUCUCUAAUGCCUCCUGAUCAAGGUGGAAUCCGUGCCCCAGUAGAGCCUUCCUUUUCUUUAUCAUUCAGUUCAAUUCAACAUACAUCAGUCAGAGUUCCACAAUCAGCUGGUUUCUCCAUCCCAUCGUUGCAGCCUAACAUCUUAGAUGGUCCAUUGUCGGCCAUGUCUUCUUCCUUCCCACAAAGCCAUUGCCUCUGAAUGAAUUGAGUUAAUAAACUCGUCUCUCACUGAAUAAUGCGGGGCUGUAAUUUAUUACAUCUGUUAAUACAAAGUGUUACUGAGGACAGUCAUAUAGUCUGUCACUGUACCAUGAACAUGUAGAGUGUAUUAAAAACAUCUCUCUGAUUCAUUAAUAGUGAAAAGUCAAUCUUCAAUAUAUUUUCAAAACA